AUGACCAACAUCCGAAAAACACACCCACUAAUAAAAAUCCUCAAUGACGCGUUCAUCGACCUACCCACUCCAUCUAACAUCUCCUCAUGAUGAAACUUUGGCUCCUUACUAGGUCUCUGCCUAAUCAUACAAAUCCUAACAGGUUUAUUUCUAGCAAUACACUACACACCAGACACCUCAACUGCUUUUUCAUCAGUCGCACACAUCUGUCGAGACGUCAACUAUGGCUGAUUCAUCCGCUAUCUACAUGCAAAUGGAGCCUCCAUAUUCUUCAUCUGCCUUUACGCCCACAUCGGACGUGGCCUAUACUAUGGCUCCUAUAUAUUCCAAGAAACAUGAAACAUCGGCGUACUCCUACUACUAACAGUCAUAGCCACUGCAUUCGUAGGCUACGUUCUACCCUGAGGACAGUUAUCAUUCUGAGGUGCAACAGUCAUCACCAACCUCCUAUCAGCAAUCCCCUACAUCGGUACUACCUUAGUAGAAUGAAUCUGAGGCGGAUUUUCCGUAGACAAAGCAACACUAACACGCUUUUUCGCUUUCCACUUUAUCCUCCCAUUCAUCAUCACAGCAUUAGCAGCCGUCCACCUACUAUUCCUACACGAAACAGGAUCCAACAACCCCACAGGAAUCCCAUCCAACAUAGACAUAAUCCCAUUCCACCCUUAUUACACAAUUAAAGACAUCCUAGGCGCUUUAUUCCUAAUUCUAAUCCUACUAGCACUAACCCUAUUCACCCCUGACCUACUAGGAGACCCUGAUAACUAUACCCCAGCAAAUCCAUUAAGCACCCCCGCAGACAUCAAACCAGAAUGGUACUUCCUAUUCGCAUAUGCAAUCCUACGAUCAAUUCCUAAUAAACUUGGAGGAGUAUUAGCACUACUACUCUCUAUCCUUAUCCUAGUCUUUAUUCCAAUACUUCAGACAUCCAAACAACGAAGCAUAAUAUUCCGACCCUUUAGCCAACUCUUAUUUUGAACCCUAAUCGCAGACCUCCUAACCCUAACAUGAAUUGGAGGCCAACCUGUAGAACACCCGUACAUCAUUGUAGGCCAAUUAGCAUCUAUUUUAUACUUCUUCCUAAUCUUAGUGCUAAUACCAACAGUUAGCCUUAUUGAAAAUAAACUCUUAAAAUGAAGA